GGGCAACAGGGUAGCAAAGCUGCACAGCCGGCCGCAGGCGGCGGGAAGCGUUGGUAUGAGGGCCAACUUGGGAAGCGACAGUUGAGCGGGCCGGGAGGAGCGCCAAUCUCCGAGGACCCCGGGGGUCCGGAGCUCGGGGCAGGGGCUAGGAGGCGCGGGGAAGCCGGGCCCUCCCUUCAGGAACGUGUUCCGGGGCCGGCCCGGCCCGAGUGUGGAAGCAGCGUCAGGUAGGUGAGCCUGUGAAACAAUAUGAAGAGAAGAAAAUAGCCUUUAAAGGAAAUUGGCCCACAGCAAGGAUGGCCUUCUUGGACAAUCCAACUAUCAUUCUAGCUCAUAUUCGACAGUCACAUGUGACCAGUGAUGACACGGGAAUGUGUGAGAUGGUUCUCAUUGAUCAUGAUGUUGACCUAGAGAAGAUUCAUCUUCCUUCAAUGCCUGGAGACAGUGGGUCAGAAAUUCAGGGAAGCAAUGGUGAAACUCAGGGCUACAUUUAUGCCCAGUCAGUCGAUAUUACCUCAAGUUGGGACUUUGGUAUUAGAAGACGCUCAAACACAGCUCAAAGAUUAGAACGACUCCGAAAAGAGAGACAAAACCAGAUCAAAUGCAAAAAUGUUCAGUGGAAAGAAAGAAAUUCUAAACAAUCAGCCCAGGAGUUAAAGUCACUGUUUGAAAAAAAGUCUCUCAAAGAAAAGCCUCCGAGUUCUGGAAAGCAGUCAAUAUUAUCUGUCCGCCUGGAGCAGUGCCCUCUGCAGCUGAAUAACCCCUUUAAUGAGUAUUCCAAAUUUGAUGGCAAGGGUCAUGUAGGCACAACAGCAACCAAGAAGAUCGAUGUCUACCUCCCCCUGCACUCGAGCCAGGACAGACUGUUGCCAAUGACGGUGGUGACAAUGGCCAGCGCCAGGGUGCAGGACUUGAUCGGGCUCAUCUGUUGGCAGUACACAAGCGAAGGACGGGAGCCGAAGCUCAAUGACAACGUCAGUGCCUACUGCCUGCAUAUUGCUGAGGAUGAUGGGGAGGUGGACACAGAUUUCCCCCCUCUGGAUUCUAAUGAGCCUAUCCAUAAAUUUGGCUUUAGUACGCUGGCCCUGGUUGAGAAGUAUUCGUCUCCUGGCCUAACAUCCAAAGAGUCGCUCUUUGUUCGAAUAAAUGCUGCUCAUGGAUUCUCCCUUAUUCAGGUGGACAACACAAAGGUCACCAUGAAAGAAAUAUUGCUGAAAGCAGUGAAGCGGAGGAAAGGAUCCCAGAAAAUUUCAGGGCCUCAAUACCGCCUGGAGAAGCAGAGUGAGCCCAACAUCGCUGUGGACCUGGACAGUACCUUGGAAAGCCAGAGCGCCUGGGAGUUCUGCCUGGUCCGCGAGAACAGUUCAAGGGCAGACGGGACUUUUGAGGAGGAUUCACAAAUCGACAUAGCUACAGUACAAGAUAUGCUUAGCAGCCACCAUUACAAAUCAUUCAAAGUCAGCAUGAUCCACAGACUACGAUUCACAACCGAUGUACAGUUAGGUAUCUCUGGAGACAAGGUCGAGAUAGACCCUGUUACGAAUCAGAAAGCCAGCACUAAGUUUUGGAUUAAGCAGAAACCCAUCUCAAUCGAUUCUGACCUGCUCUGUGCCUGUGACCUUGCUGAAGAAAAAAGCCCCAGUCACGCAAUAUUUAAGCUCACGUAUCUAAGCAAUCAUGACUAUAAACACCUCUACUUUGAAUCUGAUGCCGCUACCGUCAGUGAGAUUGUACUCAAGGUUAACUACAUCCUGGAAUCGCGAGCAAGCACUGCCCGGGCUGACUAUUUUGCUCAAAAACAAAGAAAAUUGAACAGACGUACAAGCUUCAGCUUCCAGAAGGAGAAGAAAUUGGGGCAGCAAUGACGCUGGCAUCCAGCCUCAGCCUCAGCCUCAAUCUCUCUCCGUAGUUCAGAGCCUGCCUGUUCACCCAGGGCAGGGGGGCCCUAGAGCUCACCCUAGGCCCUGCAGCCUUGGGAGGGACGCCACUUCUGGCUCACAGGCUGGUUGGUGGGUGCUUGGGGCAGAUUUGGGGAGGGGCACUUCCUAGGAUGGAGCUGGGGACAUUUCCACAGGACUGAAGUCUGAGUAGCCAAUAGCUUUGAUUAGCAGUGCCCAGGGGCCAGGCACCACCACGAGGGGCCACAUGCUGCCCCUUCGUCUUCACUGCCUGGUGACCCUGCCCAAGAAUGUACAUAGUCAGGCCCAGGCAUUUCCUUGCCACGUGAUCAAAUUUCUGAAGUGGAGAACAAAAAUGUACCUUUCUGUCUAUUUUCCUUUUAAUAAACAGGUGUGCUCGAUCGUGGUUGGUAUGGUGGCCCGUUCUUUGGGGUGGAGAAUUGAUUAUGUUCUUCUCUUUCAAAUCUGUGCCCAUAUUGAACAGGGAGAUUGGGAAAGCUAAGGCUCGAUUUCUCAGAAGAACUGUUUAGGGCUUAGUCAAUAGUUGUAACUAUGCCAUUUGUUUAAGUGAGUGCGUGGCUCUGAGGAUAGUCUCUUACUAAAAGUUACUAAAGGGACCCUAGUGUUGUGUGCCUCAAGCUGUGUCGUUUUCCCCUUGAAAAAGCUUUAUCUCCGCAAUGUGCUCCAGCCCCUCCGAGUUCAGAGACACCCAGGAAGCGCGUGCUGGGAGGAGGGAGGCGGGGGUCGAUGGGCAAGACUUAAGGUCACUCUGAGCUCCCAGCCAGAAGUGGCCUUUUCCAUCGAAUAAUCAAGCGUGCGUUCCAGCUGAUGGGUAGACCUGCAUGGGGCUUGUUCCUGGAGCUGAGACUGGCUUUGCCUGGCUGCCUUUGAAAGGACCUCGGUCUCCCGCCUCCUCUCCACCCAGCACCUGCCUUCCCUGCUGGGGCAAGGCGCAAGCUGCUGAUUUCCACUCGUCCUGGGAGCGGGAAGGCAGGCGCGGAGGGAAACUGAUAGAUCCCCGUCAGGCAGCUGCACCGCCUUCUCACCAGAUGCCUCCGCAGCCAGCCUCUUCGGUGCCCACCGCUCGUGACGCCCCUCACCCUGCCCUCGGCCAGGGCUAGGACCUCUGUUACUCCGAGGACCGGCAUUGACAACAACUUUUUGACAUUGUUAACCCAGGAAGAGAUGUGACUAACACUGGCAUCUCGCACGAGGUCCGUUUCACGAAUUCCUCUCGUUCGUGCUGAUCUCUGCGCAGCCGCCGAAAGCAUCCUUUUCUAAUGUCUUCCAUUCCGACCCACCCUGGGGCCAAAAGAAAUAGUAUUUGUAGCUUGCUAUCUGUAUUUGAAUUUUUAGCAAUUUUAUAUUUAGAUAUCUUUGGAAAAUGUACAUGACUAAUUUGGUCAUUGAAUCUUGUGACAUAUUCAAUACUAAGAUGAUAUUCAAAUAAAACUCGAAUGUAUACCCUCUU